GGAAAGCUGGCCACCUUCACACAGCGCCGCGUGCUGACGCUGUCUGCGCACAACCUGGAAACCGCUCUUUGCCUGCGGUCGGCAUCCAGCCACCGGCCAAGCUGCAGGCUAGAGGAUUGUGGAGACGCUGGGAUCUACUCGUGGUGUCACCGAGAGUGGCGCCGGCAGCUCUCCCAUCCUGCGGGGGAGAGCCCGCGCAUCUCUGAGGCUACCCACUGCGGUGCAACUUCCCCGGUGGCGAGGCAACUUUGGGCUAACCUGCCGGCUCACUUCAGGCAGAGCGGCCGACCCUUUCCUGGGACCCACGCUCAAGUGCAUCUGCAGAGGUUCAAAAGAAGUACGGCAACCCCGCAACCCGGGAUUUCUGCAGUGGUGGCUGAGCGGCCCGGUGGCUGGGCUUGUGUCCUGAGACUCAGGGCGGGAAGAGGCAGAUCAGUGCUGGGGGUGCUCCCGUAGACACCUGGACGGCGCAUCGGGCCCCGCCCCUCGCGCCACACAUUAAAAAGCAGCAAGGCCAGCCGCUCCGUCGCGGUCCAGGUCACGGUCAUGGAGGGCACGCCCGCAGCCAACUGGAGCAUCGAGUUGGACCUCGGGAGUGGAGUGCCGCCCGGGGUGGAGGGGAACCUCACGGCUGGGCCGCCCCGGCGCAACGAGGCCCUGGCGCGCGUGGAGGUGGCGGUGCUGUGCCUCAUUCUGUUCCUGGCGCUGAGCGGCAAUGCGUGCGUGCUGCUGGCGCUGCGCACCACGCGCCACAAGCACUCGCGCCUCUUCUUCUUCAUGAAGCACCUGAGCAUCGCCGACCUGGUGGUGGCUGUGUUCCAGGUGCUCCCGCAGCUGCUGUGGGACAUCACCUUCCGCUUCUACGGGCCCGACCUGUUGUGUCGUCUAGUCAAAUACUUGCAGGUGGUGGGCAUGUUCGCCUCCACCUACCUGCUGCUGCUCAUGUCGCUCGACCGCUGCCUGGCCAUCUGCCAGCCGCUGCGCUCGCUGCGCCGCCGAACUGACCGCCUGGCGGUGCUGGCGACGUGGCUCGGCUGCCUGGUGGCCAGCGCGCCGCAGGUGCACAUUUUCUCGCUGCGCGAAGUGGCGGACGGCGUCUUUGACUGCUGGGCUGAGUUCAUCCAGCCCUGGGGACCCAAGGCUUACGUCACGUGGAUCACGCUCGCCGUCUACAUUGUGCCUGUCAUCGUGCUGGCCGCCUGCUAUGGCCUCAUCAGUUUCAAGAUCUGGCAGAACUUGCGACUCAAGACGGCAGCGGCUGCGGCGGAGGCCGAGGGGACUGAAGGAUCUGCGGCCGGUGGAGCUGGGCGUGCGGCGCUGGCUCGGGUCAGUAGCGUCAAGCUCAUCUCCAAGGCGAAGAUCCGCACAGUGAAGAUGACCUUUAUCAUCGUCCUGGCCUUCAUCGUGUGCUGGACCCCUUUCUUCUUCGUGCAGAUGUGGAGUGUCUGGGACGUCAAUGCGCCCAAGGAAGCUUCUGCCUUCAUCAUCGCCAUGCUCUUGGCCAGCCUCAACAGCUGCUGCAACCCUUGGAUCUACAUGCUCUUCACGGGCCACCUCUUCCACGAACUUGUGCAACGCUUCCUCUGCUGCUCUGCCCGUUACCUGAAGGGCAGCCGGCCUGGAGAGACAAGUGUCAGCAAGAAGAGCAACUCAUCUACCUUUGUCCUGAGUCGCCGCAGCUCCAGCCAGAGGAGCUGCUCUCAGCCAUCUUCAGCGUGAGCCCUCCAUGCCAGCCAGCGGCAGGGGUUAUGCUGACUCCGGUCUGCCCCCUGGUGGCCAUGCAUGGAGCUGUAUAAGGUGCCUAUUGGUGUGUGUCCUUCCAUUCCUUGAGGUGGCUAGAGCAUGGGGCAUAUUCUGUCUUGGGGUUGGGGAAAUGUCUCUAUGGGAGCUAACAGAGUCAUUCAGCCAUCAGAGGGUUGCCUGGGCUCCCACCUGUGCUUCUAUUACCCCAACCGGAAUGCUCCUGGGUGGUGGGUGGGCUCUCCUGAACCUGGCUUUCAUUCCAUUAUUAUUAUUAUUUUUCACUUGUUUAUCCUGGGAUCUUGUGAAAGGCAGUAAGCCACGGACUGGUGACCAGUUAAAUGAGAAAACCCAGUGGGCUGGGACAAGGAAUGGGAAAUGAGGCCUCAGAUGCAGAGUGGUGCUGAUUUCCUCGUGCCCCAAGUUGUGUGGACAGAUCUUAGCAUCCUCAGGGACCACGUUGUCGCAGGAAAACACUGGGAAGUGGAGACUGAACUGGGAGGCCACCCUAGCUCAGGAAGGCAAUGAGAACACUGGCUGAAAUGCUGAAGAAGCUGAUGCUUGAUAAACAUUUGGGGGAAAAAAAAAAAACAAAUGAGAACCCUCCAGGACAGACAGGACUGGGGAGAACUGUUUGUACAUGACAGUGACCCAUUUACAUGAGACCCGAAGGAACACAUAUGCCCGUCCCCUCCCCCAACUCUGGAGCUUACAGAUGAAUAGUGAGGCUGCAGAGUGCCUGAUCAGUGUAGAAAACUCAUUCAUAUUUCCUUAGACUUCUGGUGAACAAUGGGAAAGUUAACUUAAGAGAUUCCAUCCAUAAAUGUGCCAGAGUGAAUGAGGGAGAGCCAGGGUUAACAGAGGAAAUGUAUGACUUGUGCCCCGAAAGCUGCAAACAUCACAGAAGGAAAUUAAAGGAGACCAAAUAAACGGGGCCACCUCAUGCUUAUGGAUCAGACAUGUAAUAUUGUUGGACAGAUUUGAUGUAAUCCUCAUCAAAAUCCUAGCUGGCUUCUGCAAAAAUUGAUAGACUGAUCCCAAAAUUCCUAAGGAAAUGGGAAUUGGGGUGGUUAACAUGCUUUGAAAUGUGUGGUGGGUGCACAAUUUUGAGAGCAUAUUAAAAAUCACUGAACCAGGGGCUGAGGAGACGGCUCACUUAGAGCAGUAUCUGCUGAGCAAGGAUGAGAUGCCCAUCAUCCGUGCAGAAGCCAGGUUCAGUGGCAGGUGUUUGUAACCCAAGCCCUGGGGGUUGAAGACAUGUGGAUCCCAGAGGCUUGCUGACCAGCCAGCCUAGGAGACUGAUCAACUUGGGGUCCAGCAAAAGAAUCUCUCUCAAGAUAAAUAAGUCAAUAAAAAAUAAGAAAGAGAAUGACAGAGGAAGACACCUGAAGUCAACUUUCAGUUUCUAUAGGUACACAUGGAUGUACAACACACACACACACUCACAUGCAAGCAGACG